CGCAUUGAAUUUGUAGCCUCAUCCCUCAAAUUGGACCAAAAGCCCAUAUCUCUCUCUCUCUCUCUCUCUCUCUCUCUCUCCCUCCCUCUCUCCAUCCACCAAACGUACAAACCCUCGAAAUCUCUUUCUUGCGCUAAUUCACCAUCCGAUGCUUUGAUCCCCGAAAACGAAAGCUCUCCAGAUCUGUUUCAACAGGUGAACAAUACAGGCCCGCAAGUACAUCCACUUCAAUUCAUGUUGCGGUUUCUCUUUUCUUUCUUUAGUUGGGGCUGGCUGAUGUUGCUGUAAAUUUUCUUGAUGAAUGCAAUUUGAAAGUUGUCAAACUAUAUUUGAUGGAUGAUGAUUAUGCAGAUGGAUAAAAUGUCUGCUCCUUCAUCACGGGAGCGUGCUCAACGGCUUUACGAAAAGAAUAUUGAGUUGGAGAAUAAGCGUCGGAGGUCAGCUCAGGCAAGAAUUCCAUCAGAUCCCAAUGCCUGGCAACAAAUGCGUGAGAACUAUGAAGCUAUAGUUCUGGAGGAUCAUGGUUUUUCUGAGCAACAUAAUAUAGAGUAUGCUCUUUGGCAGUUACAUUAUAGGCGUAUUGAGGAGCUAAGAGCUCACUUCAGUUCUGCACUGGCUUCUACUGGCUCAAAUACAUCUCAGGGUGCAAAAGUUCCUGCCCGACCUGACCGUAUCACAAAGAUAAGGCUUCAAUUUAAAACAUUUCUGUCAGAAGCAACUGGAUUUUAUCAUGAUUUGAUCUUAAAAAUCAGAGCCAAGUAUGGGCUUCCUCUGGGAUACUUUUCUGAAGAUUCAAAUAAUCGAGUCGUCUUGGAGAAAGAUGGGAAAAAAUCUUCUGACAUGAAGAAAGGUUUGAUAUCAUGUCACCGCUGUUUAAUAUACUUGGGUGACCUUGCAAGGUACAAGGGGUUAUAUGGAGAGGGUGACUCGAAAACACGGGAGUAUGCGGCAGCUUCAAGUUAUUACUUGCAAGCUGCAUCUCUAUGGCCAUCAAGUGGGAAUCCUCAUCAUCAGCUUGCAAUUUUGGCUUCCUAUUCAGGAGAUGAAUUGGUGGCAGUAUAUCGGUAUUUUAGGAGUCUGGCAGUCGAUAAUCCCUUUACAACAGCAAGAGAUAACUUGAUUGUUGCUUUUGAGAAGAAUCGUCAAAGUUACACUCAACUGCUUGGUGAUGCUAAAGGAUCAGUGGUUAAGGAUUCAUCUGUGCGCUUGACCAGCAAGGGAAGAGGGAAAGGGGAAACAAAAACUGCAGCGGUUAAAGAUGCAAAAACAGAAGCCAAUGCUAUUAGCGAAAGGAUAUCUGAUACUCGUGAGAUGUAUAGAUCCUUUUGCAUUCGUUUUGUCCGCCUGAAUGGUAUCCUUUUCACACGCACCAGCCUGGAGACAUUUGCUGAAGUUCUCUCUUUGGUCAGCAAUGAAUUCUGUGAACUUCUCUCUUCUGGGCCAGAAGAGGAGCUAAAUUUUGGCACUGAUGCUGUGGAAAAUGCCCUUUUCAUUGUACGCCUGAUCUCCAUCCUUAUCUUCACAGUUCACAAUGUGAAAAGAGAGGCUGAAGGUCAGACGUAUGCAGAAAUCGUACAACGUGCUGUGCUACUUCAGAAUGCAUUUACAGCAGUUUUCGAGUUAAUGGGACACAUAUUAGAGCGGUUCAUUCAGCUGCAUGAUCCUUCCUCAAGUUAUCUCUUACCUGGUGUUCUGGUUUUUGUCGAAUGGUUGGCCUGUUGCCCUGAUGUUGCAUCAGGCAGUGAUGCAGAUGAGAAACAGGCUGCAGUCAGAUUAAAUUUUUGGAACCACUGUAUAUCCUUCCUUAACAAGAUCUUGUCAUUUUGGUCAGUGUCUCUUGAUGACAAUGAAGAUGAUACAUGCUUUUAUAACAUGAGCCAGUAUGAAGAAGGGGAAACUGGAAAUCGACUCGCUUUGUGGGAAGAUUUUGAGUUGAGGGGAUUUUUACCUAUUCUUCCUGCACAAACCAUUCUGGAUUUUUCAAGGAAGCACUCCUUUGGAAGUGAUGGAAGCAAGGAGAAAACAGCUCGUGUAAAAAGGAUUUUAGCAGCAGGGAAGGCUCUGGCAAAUAUUGCUAGGAUAGAUCAAAAAACAAUAUUUUAUGAUUCUAGGAUGAAGAAGUUUGUUAUAGGUGUGGAGCCUCAUACGUUAGAUGAUGGCUUGUUGACUUUUGAUUCUGGUUUGCCUAAAACCAAUGAUGUUAUGCAAGAAAUUCAGCCUGAGAAAGCAAAUAAUAUCGGAAUUUUGCAGCCUAAUGCACAGCCUUUUGUGGAAGGGGAUGAGGAAGAUGAAGUAAUUGUUUUCAGGCCAGCCGUGACAGAGAAGCGAAAUGAUGUUUUUAGUCCCAAAUUGGCUGCUUAUGACGGUAUGAAACCCAAUCAAGAUGUAUCUGCUGGUGAUCUGAAACUUUAUGGUGGUGCAGUUUCUUCUCCUCUCAAUAUGCUACAGCAUUCUGCUUUUGAUGCAGGUGCUGAAAUACCUGCAUCUUCUGGUAUUAAUGCUCCCCGGCAUCUGCAGCCAUUUCAACCACACACCUCAAAGUGGUUAAUGGAAGAAGCUGCUUCACUAGCAAGUAGCUUGAAAGCUGUCAGGUUUAUGGAGAAUGGACAUGUAACAGAAAAUGAGUUGCCAAAAGAUUUGGGAAUGGGUUAUCUUGGCACACAUUCUGAUCCUGUUCAGUUUUACAAUCAGAUGAAGGUGCCAGAAGUUGUGAUUCCAUCAAAAGUUGAUGUUAUUGCAUCUUCUGGAAUUAAUGCUGAAAGCUUGGCUGUCAAGACAUCUGCAGGCACGAGGAAAAGCCCUGUCAGCCGUCCUGUGAGGCACCUUGGGCCUCCCCCAGGCUUUAGUCAUGUUCCUCCUAAACAAGUGAUUGAACCAAUUUCUGGCUCAGAUUUGAUGAUUGACAAUUCACUAGCAGAUGACUAUAGAUGGUUGGAUGGCUACCAAUUGCCAUCAUCAACAAAAGGCUAUGGGCUGAAUGGUGCUGCUAAUAUCAGUUCUCAGGCAAUGCCUCAGUACAUUAAUAGCAGUAAUGGCUUGACUGGGACAGUUAGCUUUCCUUUCCCUGGAAAACAGGUACCACCAGUGCAUUUCCAGACAGAAAAACAGAAAGGUUGGCAGAAUUACCAGGCCCUGGAACAUCUGAGAGUCCAGCAAGAUCAGCAGCUGCAACAACAACUCAUAAAUGGGAAUCAGCAAUUUACUGCAAUGCCUGAGCAAUAUCAUGGAAAGUCCAUCUGGAGUGGUCGUUACAUAGUGUGAGAUGAGUAUGAAAACAUAGAUGGUUCCGAGAAUGACUUCGGUGAAUGUACUGCGUCCUUUUGCUACCAAAUAUGAACUCCAACUUUGCAGCCUUUGUCAAAUUUCAAAUUUAUGUUUUUGUUGGAGCAUGGGUGGCUGUAGCUCCUUGCUGACGCAUGCUACUGAACAAAUUUCGCGGAGCUCUCCUGCCAGGGGAAGACAAAAAUUGAAACAUCAUUAUGAUGCAAAAUUCCUAAGAAGCUAAUGCCUUUAUCUGGUUACAUGGGUUGGAGAUAGAAUGUUAACUGUUGGUUUUGGGCUUAUAUUUGGAGGAGUUGAUGGAAUAAAGCUAUGGUGUAUUCGCCAUUUAAUUGACUUUCAUCUUGCCCUAGCUGUCAGAACUGCUGAUGCUAUCAUCGGUUGGCUGGUGAUAAUAUAUAGUGUCUGUCCUUGAUGGAUCGGUUCUGUACCAGACAUCUCCAGAGCUUUUGUUGGAAAUGGUGCUUAGAUAUGAUUUGGGCAUCAGAAGUUGGACAGUGGGGGAUUAAGAAGUAUUAUGGAAGUUUUAUGCAUAUGGUCAUAGUGUCUUAUAUCAAAAGACUUGUUAUGUUCUAUGAUGCUGUUUUGUGAUAUUAUACUUUUAUGGGUACGAGUAAUAUGGAACAACUGUUUGCUUCGUCGGGGUUGGGGUUUGAUCCAACUUCCUAGAAUAAAACUACGAAUUAUAUGUUUAGUGUCGUACAUCUGUGUGUCAUCUGUGGUCUUGCUCAAAAUAAUUUUAUAACGGUGGUUGUAUGUACUGCCUUCUCUA